AUCCUCCGUAUCAUCUGCGACAAGCAGGAUUACACCCGCGAUCUUGCUGCAUUGGCCAGAACGUGUCUCGCCUUUCGCGAACCUGCCCUCGAUGCUCUCUGGUGUUCACUGGACGACGUUGACCCGCUGCUCCGGUGCCUGCCUCAGAACUUGAUA